CACCUGGAGUUGUGGGUGACUCUGAAGCACUUUCUGUCAGUCCAACUGGUGUGGUCCCAAGCUGGAAAAAUGGAAGCCAGGCCGCUCCUGAGUGGACAGAGGAUGAGACGGGCCACACAGCGAACACCACUGAGCAAACAGGGUACACCACCACAGGCUUGCGCCCGGCGACUCCGUCCCCGUCCUCCGAAUCCCCAGAAAGAGUCACCCAGAGCUGGGAGAAGCCCACUCUCAUAAACGUCGGAACAGAGCCUCCUCCGGUGUCUGGCCUGAGCGUGGCCUUCAUGGGGGAGACACAGGUCGUCCUCACCUGGGGCAGCGACAACCGCACCGCGUCCUGCCGCCUGCUUCUUGAAAGCCUGGGAAGCCAGGAGACGCUGACCAAUAUUUCGGGCCUGAGGCCUGGCUUUCAGCGCGUUGUCCUCAGUCUGCCGCAGUCAAACGACACGCAGAGCGAUGCCCUGGUUCCGGAAGGGGGCUCAGAAGCCGGUGGCACAGCGAGCAGCCCUGCAGGGAGCCCCUCCACCCCUGCGGGUCGGAUCCGGUACCAGCUUGAACACGCAGGCCCAGCCGCUGGCCAGGAGACCCAAGACACAGAAGUCCUGAUCGUCGGGUUGAAGACAGACACGCAGUACAACGCCACUGUUUACCCUCAGGCGGCAGACGGCACAGAGGGACAGCCCGACAGCCUCUCCUUCACAACAAAUUCCAAGCAGGUGUUCAAUAUCAAAGCUGUGAACGUCAGUGCCACGAGCCUCAGCCUGACCUGGGAAAUGAGCCACAACGGGUCGUCCUCUGCCUAUACCUAUGAGAUCCACGUGGCCGGGGACACCGAGUCCUUCGAUGUCAGUGUCAACGAGACUUCUGCUGACAUCCGUGGCCUGAACUCGAGCACCCUGUACAACAUCACCGUGCGUCCUUUCCUGCGAGGGGCGGAGGGCACGCCGGGUGUCGUCCAGGUGUACACCGCUCCUUUUCCAGUCUCGGACUUGCGGGUGACGCUGGUACGCCCGAGGGAAAUUGGCUUAGCUUGGAACAGCAGCGACUCAGAGUCCUUCAGGAUUGUCACAACCCGGGACCCGUCCGGAGAAAGUCACAGCCACACGACCAGCGACUUGGAGAUUGUCAUUGGGGGCUUAAAGCCUGCGACCAACUACUCUUUUGAAAUAUUUCCACAAGGCCCCGGCGGGACUGAAGGGGAGCCCACAGCCGUUCACAGUCGGACUGCCUCCAGUGCGGUGACUAACAUCCGCGUGGUCAGCGUCACCAGCACGGGGAUGGAGCUGGAGUGGCAGAACACAGACAGCGCCUCCGAAUACAUCUACCAUGUGCGGAUCCAGUCUGGCUUCAACUCCAGCGAGAGGAACAGCUCUCAGAAGGCGAUCUCGCUGUGGGGCCUCCUCCCGGGCACCCCCUAUAACAUCUCCAUCUCUCCCGAGGCCGACCAGGUCCGGGGGGACUCCAGCACCAUCCUGCAGUACACACGGCCCAGCAGCGUGUCCAGUGUUGAAGUAAGGGCCAACACCACGGCGGCUUACCUGAGCUGGGAGAAUCUGGACGCGGCCUCUCCUACCUACUCCUACCGCCUUCUUAUCGAGGAGGCCGGAGAUGCGGGCGGCGACACCAUAGGAAACAUCACCGUCACCGGAGCCACGGACCAGACGGUCCCUGGAUUAGUACCGGGCUCACCUUACGUGGUGGAGAUCUUCGCAGAAGUCGGGGGCGUUGAGUCCCUGGACCCCGGGCAGACGAGCUUCUGCACGGAGGCCGCCCCUGUGGGCUCCUUCCACUGCCACGUGGUCCCCCGGGAGCCCAGCUUGGUCCUGACGUGGGACCGCCCUCCCGGCAGCCACACCGGCUUCCAGCUGGAGCUCAGCAGCGGGGCCUGGGACUUCAAAAGCCUGGAGCGUGGCUGCCCGGACAACAGCACCGACUGCAGGACGGAAGUCUCAAACUUGAAUUUCUCCACGUGGUACAACAUCAGCAUCGCCACCGAGUCCUGCGGGGCCGGAGCACCCGCCGUCCACAGCACCUGCCUCACCGGCAUCACAGACCCCCCUGCCCCAGAGGGCUCCCCGAACAUCACAUCUGUCAGCCACAACUCUAUGAGGGUCCUCUUCAGCGGGUUCGAAGCCAGCCACGGUCCCAUCAGAGCCUACGCUGUCGUCCUCACCACCGGCGAGGCCGGCCCCCCUUCUGCAGAUGUCCUGAGAUACACCUAUGAUGAUUUCAAAAAGGGGGCCUCGGAUACCUACGUGACGUACCUUGUACACGCGGAGGAGAAGGCGUGGUCCCGGGGCUUGGCCGCUGUCCUGAAAUACGAGAUCGACGUAGGCAAUGAGUCCACCACCUGGGGCUACUACAACGGGAAGCUGGAGCCGCUGGGCUCCUACCGGGCCUGCGUGGCCGGCUUCACCAACAUCACCUUCAGCCUUCAGCGUGCCGGCCUCAUCAACGGGCCCGAGAGCUACGUGUCCUUCAGCCCCUACUCGGAGGCCGUUUUCUUGCCCCAGGACCCAGGUGUCAUCUGCGGAGCUGUGUUCGGGUGCAUCGUUGGCGCCCUGGUCAUCGUGGCCGUGGGAGGCUUCAUCUUCUGGAGAAAGAAAAGGAAAGAUGCAAAGAACAGCGACGUGUCCUUUUCUCAGAUUAAACCUAAAAAGUCCAAGCUGAUCAGAGCGGAGAAUUUUGAGGCUUACUUUAAGAAGCAGCAAGCCGACUCCAACUGCGGGUUUGCGGAGGAAUACGAAGAUCUGAAGCUGGUUGGAAUCAGUUUGCCUAAAUAUGCUGCUGAGCUGGCUGAGAACAGAGGGAAGAAUCGCUAUAACAACGUCCUGCCCUAUGAUAUUUCUCGUGUCAAGCUUUCAGUCCAGACCCAUUCUACCGAUGACUAUAUCAACGCCAACUACAUGCCCGGCUACCAUUCCAAGAGAGAGUUCAUUGCCACACAAGGACCGUUGGUCAAUACUUUGAAAGAUUUUUGGCGUAUGGUCUGGGAGAAAAACGUAUAUGCUGUUGUUAUGCUGACCAAAUGUGUUGAACAGGGAAGGACCAAAUGUGAGGAGUACUGGCCUUCUAAGCAGGCCCAGGACUACGGGGACAUAACUGUGGCAAUGACAUCAGAAAUUGUUCUCCCGGAGUGGACCAUCAGAGAUUUCACAGUGAAAAAUGUGCAGACAAGUGACAGUCACCGGCUGAGACAGUUCCACUUCACCUCCUGGCCCGACCACGGCGUCCCUGACACCACAGACCUGCUCAUCAACUUCCGGUACCUGGUCCGCGACUACAUGAAGCAGAGCCCUCCGGAGUCGCCGAUUCUGGUGCACUGCAGCGCGGGGGUUGGCAGGACGGGCACUUUCAUCGCUAUUGAUCGCCUCAUCUAUCAGAUCGAGAACGAGAACACGGUGGAUGUGUACGGCAUCGUGUACGACCUCCGCAUGCACCGGCCCCUCAUGGUGCAGACCGAGGAUCAGUACGUUUUCCUCAACCAGUGCGUCCUGGACAUCGUCCGGUCGCAGCGAGACUCCAGAGUGGAUCUCAUCUACCAGAACACCACCGCGAUGUCCAUCUACGAGAACCUGGAGCCGACGGGCGUGUUCGGGAAGACCAACGGCUACAUCGCCUGAUCCACGCAGAGGCCCGCGGGUGGCCAGACGUCACGCCCAGCCACGGAGCGCUCCUGUGUGCCGUUGCCCUGCGUCCCAGAUCUCAGUUCUCUGUUUGCCCUGCUAGGAGUGCGCGGUGGGCAGGGCCGGAAGCCGAGUGCGCAGCCCGCGGCAGCACAGCGGGCGUCGGCCGUGGCUGGUGACCCGGAACCUUCGCCCACAUUCCUGAUGACCAACGGGAAGAGUUCACUUUUCAUUUUCCUUCAAAACUGAAGAAAACCUGGGAAAGUGAGCUAUGAUUUUUUACCCCCCAAAACUUAGUUCUUAAAAAACAACAACAGCAAACGACUUCCAUGUGAUUCACAUGCUCCAGCCAGGAUUUCGUUGGGUUGAAUAUAUUUUAAGUAUCAGAGGUCUAUUUUUACCCACUGCGUCUUGGGAUCGAGCUGAUGGAAAACACACAGUUAUGGGUGGUUCUUGUGUCAGGAGGGGUCCGGCGCCUCUUCCGGUUGGGUUUUCUAUCUGAACAUGUGCCUUUUCUGAAUUAUGCUUCCACAGGCAAAACUCAGCAGAUUUCUCUAUUUUUGUAUUGAAUCUCGUAAUUGGAAUAUACGGAAUAUUUAAACAGUAGCUUAGCACGGAGGUUUGCCUCGUGACUUCCCUUCCUCGCGGAUGAGAAGAGGCCCCUCCCUCCCCCCAGUUUCCUGUGGAGACUUCGGUCGGUUGCAACGUGUCCAGCCCGUGGAGUGGGUGAGACCGAGAGGCUCCCUCGGUGGGCGGGGCACGCCCGGGGCCCUCCGCGGCAGAUCUCCUGUCCCCGUCCCGUCUUCUUCCUUUUCUCCUUCCUGUCUUUGGUAAAAAGGAUUAUUUAAAGGUGCAAUAUGUGACUUGUGAUUCCUGAUGCUCUGGGUUUUUAGUCAUGUUUUACUCAGGUUGGGAUUUUUAUGUGUGUCUGUGUGUCCGUGUACGUGUGUGCCUGUGUGUGUGUGCGUUUUUAAAAGCGUGGCAAUCUGUGAACACUUCAGUGUGAACUCAGUGUCGGAUGAAUCCCCCCUUCCCCGAAGCCCACUGGCUUUAGUCUGUGUCUGCAGUGACACACGCUGGUAUCUACUGUAUAUACAAACCCUGAACUCUGCGUCAGUCACUCCUAGGAAUUGAGGUGUACAAAGUUUGAUUUGUAUCAAAGAUGUAAUUAUUAUUUUUAAAACCUCUUUUCACUUUACUGCUGCUGUACUUGAUUUUUUAAAGGAAAAUGUAGAUUAAUUUUUUUUUUUUUUGGCUUCAGGUUGUGUAUUCACCAAGGAUUUCAGAAUUUAUGUGGAUGUGUUUUAUUGGUACCUAAUCUGUAAACUUCACAAGGCAUUAACAUGAAAGGAUUGUUUUUUUUUUUAUGCUGAGGCUCAGGUUAUGUGUGGAAGAUGUUUUGAGCUCCUUCUCUAACAGGCAAUGAAGUAUCCACGGUCAGAUGAAGGAAUCGGCAAGUCCUGGAGCCCGGCGGCCAGCUUCUGCUCAGGAUGCGGGUUUCCCACGGGAAAUGGGGCGGGGCCUUUGGUGGCCUGGUCCCCAGGGCCCGGGGGGGGGGCGGGCUGCGUCCCCUCCUGCCGCCGCUGGGCUCCGCGCUUCCCUGCACUUCGAUGGCAGCCUGGACUGUUAGGGGCAUCUGAGGGCUCCGAAGGGUGAACCGCGAUGGACCUAGAGCCCCGAUGCUGUUCUGACUUAGUGCUGCCUUCUGCCCGCCGGCCCCUUGGAGGUGCUGGGAGGGUUCAAAGGAGGGGUCGUGGGGCGCCAUGUUUGGGGAGAAUUUCUGCUUCUCAAAUGGAAAUUGCACUUUUUGCCAAAUCCUUUGCGUUCGUUAGUGCUGAGAAGUUCAUUGUGUUUCAGGUCCUUCCAGGGAUGAGUGGGUGGGCCCGGCUGGCUUGGGCCCCCUGGGCGCUGUGGGUGGGGGUCCCCUGCCGGCCAUGGGGGCAGCUGGCUGUGGGAAGGUCGUGCCCCAACUCAGGCAGGCUGAGGGGCUCGGGGGCUCCCCCACCUCACUGUGGGCCACGCUCCGCCGAUUUGUGGGGAACCCCCUGGGAGGGAGUGCCCUCAGCCCUGCUGCCUGUCGCUGGCCUGGAGAGUCACAGGAAAGGCUCUGCCCCUUCGAAACAGUAAAGCGACGUAAUCGUAAACACACUGCCUGACAAAGCAGGCUGGGUGUGGUGUCGCACACCUGUCAUCCCAGGAUUUGGGAGGCUGAGGCAGGAGGAUCGCUGGGAGUUUGAGGCCAGCCUGGGCUACAUAAUGAGACCCUGUCUUCAAAAAAAAAAGCCACCUUAGGUCAUCCCCAGUCCCCGAGGAGAGGAGGCCUGGAAUUCGGUGGGAAGGUCACACGAAGGUCGUGAUGCUCCUGAGGCCUCAGAAGUGCUGGGGCUCUGGGGAUGGGAAGGGUAUGUAUAACACAGCCUCUGGAAAGGACCCCAGGCUGGCCAAGAGAAGGGCGGGAGGGCCCGGCGGCACUGCGCAGCCAGGGAGGGCUUCGGGCCCCACGCAGUGCACCCGGGCCCCUGCCACCUCUCCCGGGAACACAGACUUGCGGCCUUCAAAGCCAAGUCUCCUGACGGCCGGCGUCCGUCCCGGGGUCGCACUGUGACUCCAGCGAGACCUGGGCCCUUCGCCGCCCCUGGAACUGUGUUUUGUGCAGUAGAGGCUGGGGGGCGGUGGUCGCCGAAGCCAAGCUUCCCUGUGUUUUUGUCUCCUCGGGGAUGAAAAAGCCUGGUUUUCUUUCGCGAUGCUUGACGGCGCUUGUGGAGCUCAGCGGGUCUGGGGGCGGACGUCGGCUUGGCUCCGAAGGGCAGGCGCGGAGUUUGCAGACUACUGGGGCGUCGCCUGUCUGACACGCUGCAGCUUGUCCCCCUGGGGGGCGCGUGUGAUAGGACGUGUUGCUGUGGACUCUAAAUUGUAAUUUUCUUGUAACUAUUUUGGAAUGAUGCCUAUUUCUAAUGUUUGUUAUACUUGUACAGAGUAUUGCUGUGGGUUGCUUUUUUUUUUUUUUUUUUAAAGGAAAAAAUGGCCUGGAAAAAUUUUUUUUAAAAAAGACUUACAAAUACCAAAUAUAAAAACUGUCCACACCAGA